GAAUCGCCAGUGCUGCUGCUUCCAGCUGGGGGAUACAUAUAAACCUCGUCGCCCGUGGCAUCUUCCGGGCCUCGAUCUCUCUUCUCUCCUUCUACUUGAGCAUAAUAUCCAACAGUUUAUUUGUUUGAAUCGCAUUCAUUCGCAUUCAAUCGCGUCCUUCUUCUCUUCUCUCUCCCUCACCACCACACACAACCGCCCAUCAUGGCCAACCGAGCAGUCACAACGUCUCGCACCGAACUGCUGCAAAAGUAUCUCAAGCUCGACCAGCAGGGUAAGAUCAUGGCCGAGUACGUCUGGAUCGACUCAACCGGCGGCACUCGAUCAAAAUCAAGGACGCUCCCCGAGCUCAAGGACAAGAAGUACGAAGUCGCCGACCUGCCCGUCUGGAACUUCGACGGCUCCUCUACCGACCAGGCUCUUGGCCACGACUCAGACGUCUACCUGCGCCCCUGCGCCGUCUUCAACGACCCCUUCCGCGGCUCGCCCAACAUCAUCGUCCUCGCCGAGUGCUGGAACCCCGACGGCACCCCCAACAAGUACAACUUCCGCCAUGAGUGCGCCAAGGUCAUGGAGGCUCACGCCGACCACGAGCCCUGGUUCGGUCUCGAGCAGGAGUACACCUUCCUUGACUCCGACGACAGACCCUAUGGCUGGCCCGUUGGUGGUUUCCCUGCUCCUCAGGGCCCCUACUACUGCGGUGUAGGCGCUGGCAAGGUCGUCCUGCGCGACGUCGUCGAGGCCCACUACAAGGCCUGUCUCUAUGCCGGCAUCAACAUCUCCGGUACCAACGCCGAGGUCCUCCCUGCCCAGUGGGAGUUCCAGGUCGGCCCCUGCACCGGCAUCGAGAUGGGUGACCAGCUGUGGAUUGCCCGAUUCUUCCUGUCCCGCAUCGCCGAGGAGUUUGGCGCCAAGGUCUCCCUGCACCCCAAGCCCAUCAAGGGCCCCUGGAACGGCAGCGGCCUGCACUCCAACUUCUCCACCAAGGAGAUGCGCGCCGAGGGCGGCAUGAAGUACAUCGAGGAGGCCCUCAAGGCCCUCGAGCCCCACCACAUCGAGUGUCUCAGCGAGUACGGCGAGGACAACGACCAGCGCCUCACCGGCGACUGCGAGACCGGCUCCAUGGACAAGUUCAGCUGGGGCGUUGCCAACCGCGGCACCUCCAUCCGUGUGCCUCGCGAGACUGCCGCCCGCGGCUGCGGCUACUUUGAGGACCGCCGCCCUGCCUCCAACGCCGACCCGUACCGUGUCACCAGGGUCCUGAUGACCUCCAUCUUCGGCAAGGUCUAAGUGGAUGACCACGCGGACAAUGAAAAAAGGCGCACACUUAUGAGAUGCUAAUGUGAAUAAGAGGGAAAUUAUGGAAUGCCAGAGCGCUUCCAUGGGGUUAAUCACGGCGUAUGGGGUCCAUGUUGCUUUUUGAUGUGGGAGAGGUUUUUCAG